UGGGGCCGUGUGCCAAAUGAGAAACGGCUUCCAUCAAGAAACGUAAAAAAAAACAAAAAAAAAAAACGGGGCAGACUCUAGUUAGUCACCAGCGGCGAAGAAGAAGCGCCUGCCCAGCAUGGCAAUGAGCGUCAUUUCGUUUCGCUGAGGAGGGAGAGAGGACGUGCGCUACAGAGCGGCUGCACCGGAUUGAUUGUGGGGGAUGCUACAGUUUUAUUCUUCUGUAUAGUCUCGCUUCUAGCGCUUGGUCGCCUUGUCUUUAUUUCACCCAACUCUGUAUCAGUCUCAUUUUGCUACUUAACUCAAGCGGAAGAGAAGCCUUUAUUUGGAGUGUUCUUAAAGACUGAUGGUGUGGAAUGUUCUCCUGUCAUAGAGAAACAUACGCAGUAUAGACGCUAAUGGGACCGUUCGUUGGAACACUGAGGUGACGGAAGCAUAUCUGGCAGUCUGAAAAGAAACCCCGGGAGCCUGACGGCUGAGCGAGCAGGGCUGACAUGGUGCACAGAGCCGACGGCGGAAUUCGGGGGUGAAAGGGUCAAGGGUCAAGUGUCAAGGGUCAGCGCACCGGGCACUGCUUAGCGAGGCGUGUGGGGCCGAUCGGAGGGCUCCGGCGGAGGGAUACGUCCAGGGGCCACAGCGGAGGAGCGGCGCGGGAAGGGCCCGGGCGGACUACCGGUGACAGGCGGACGGGCGGCGGAAGAAGCAGGAUGUGGGAGGGGCUUGUGCUGCAGGUGAUUUUCGUGUGUUUGGGCGUGGCCCUGUGCAGCCACUCCCCUUCACUCCAGGACCACGCCCACCGGAGGCGACUGUCGCCGCACAGGCACAGGGAGCGGGGCAAGGAGGGCCAAGUCCUCCACCGCUCCAAGAGGGGCUGGGUCUGGAACCAGUUCUUCGUCAUCGAGGAGUACACAGGGCCGGACCCCGUGCUGGUGGGGCGGCUUCAUUCCGACGUCGACUCCGGCAACGGCAACAUCAAGUACAUCCUGUCCGGGGAGGGGGCGGGCACCAUCUUCGUCAUCGACGACAAGACGGGGAACAUCCACGCCACGAAGACGCUGGACCGGGAGGAGCAGGCGCAGUACACGCUCACGGCGCAGGCCGUCGCCAGGGAUACCAACAAGCCCCUGGAGCCGCCCUCGGAGUUCAUUGUCAAGGUGCAGGACAUCAACGACAACCCGCCCGAGUUCCUCCACGGCCCGUACUACGCCCGGGUGCCCGAGAUGUCCAGUGUGGGUACGUCGGUGAUCCAGGUGACGGCCACGGACGCGGACGACCCCACCUACGGGAACAGCGCCAGGCUGGUGUACAGCAUCCUGCAGGGGCAGCCGUACUUCUCGGUGGAACCGCAGACAGGGAUCAUUCGAACGGCCCUGCCCAACAUGGACAGGGAGGCGCGGCAGGAGUACAACGUGGUCAUCCAGGCCAAGGACAUGGGGGGCCACAUGGGGGGCCUGUCCGGGACCACGGAGGUGAAGAUCACCCUGACGGAUGUCAACGACAACCCUCCCAAAUUCCCUCAGAGUACCUACAGCAUGUCCGUCUCGGAGGACAAGGAGGUGGGCGAGGAGGUGGGCCGGCUGAGGGCCAGGGACCCCGACCUGGGGGAGAACGGCCUGGUGUCCUACCGGCUGCUGGACGGGGACGGGAUGGGCACGUUUGAGAUACACACCGACUCGCACUCCCGCGAGGGCGUGGUCAAGCUCAAAAAGGCGGUCGACUUUGAGACGAAGCGUGCGUACUCGCUCAAGGUGGAGGCGUCCAACACGCACGUGGACCCCCGCUUUAUCGCCUGGGGGCCCUACAAGGACACGGCCACCGUCAGGAUCGCGGUGGAGGACGCGGACGAGCCGCCCGCCUUCACCGCGCCCAGCUACGGCUUCGAGGUGGAGGAGAACGCGCCCGACGGCACGUCGGUGGGACGGGUGCACGCCAAGGACACCGACGUGGCCAACAGCCCCAUCAGGUACAUGAUCCCUCGCUACACUGACCUGGAGCAGUUCUUCAGCAUCGGCCUGGAGGACGGGGUCAUCAGAACCACCCGACCGCUGGACCGCGAGGCGCAGGCCUGGCACAACAUCUCCGUCAGCGCCACGGAGAUCAGUGGGCAUCACCAAGAUGCCAAAGUCCGCGUCAACAUCAAAGUCAAAGACGUGAACGAUAACGCCCCGGAAUUCGCCACGCAAAAUGAAGUGCUCGUGUGUGAAAACGUAGCGCACGGCAAGCUCAUCGAGACGGUCAGCGCGGUCGACAAAGACGAGAUGGCCCACCGCCAGCACUUCCGAUUCAGCCUGGCCCCGGAGGUCGCCAGCAACCACAACUUCUCGCUCAAGGACAACAGAGACAGCACGGCUGGCAUCUACGUGACCCGGAAGGGCUUCAGCCGGAUGACCCAGGACAUCUACCUCCUGCCCAUCGAGAUCAACGACGGGGGCAGCCCGCCCAUGAGCAGCACCAACACGCUGACCAUCCGCGUGUGCAGCUGCGACAGCAAGGACACCAUCCUGUCCUGCAACGUGGAGCCCUACGUCCUGCCCGCCGGCCUCAGCACGGGCGCCCUCAUCGCCAUCCUGGCCUGCAUCAUCAUCCUGCUGGCGAUCGUGGUGCUGUUCGUGGCCCUGCGGCGGCAGAAGAAGGAGCCGCUCAUCGUGUUCGAGGAGGAGGACAUCCGGGAGAACAUCAUCACCUACGACGACGAGGGCGGGGGCGAGGAGGACACGGAGGCCUUCGACAUCGCCACGCUGCAGAACCCCGACGGCGCCAGCGGCUUCCUGCCGCGGAAGGACAUCAAGCCGGAGCUGCAGUACGCGCACCACCCCGGGGGGGUGCGGCCGGCCGCCAGCAGCGUGGACGUGGACGACUUCAUCAAGACGCGCGUGGUGGACGCCGACAGCGACCCCACGGCGCCGCCCUACGACUCCAUCCAGAUCUACGGCUACGAGGGGCGGGGCUCCAUCGCCGGCUCGCUCAGCUCCCUGGAGACGGUAACCACGGACUCGGACCUGGACUACGACUACCUCCAAAGCUGGGGCCCGCGCUUCAAGAAGCUGGCCGACCUCUACGGCACCAAAGACUCCGCCGACGACAACUCCUAACACCCGGGAGAUUUCCGUUCAAACGCCCCCCCCCAUACCCCCCAAC